UUGCGGUAUGCGUCUAAAAGUUGUCGGCCGCAGUAAUGGCUACAAAUGAACGGCAAUAAAGCGAGGGAGGGAAAAAAGAAAUAUCUGAUUGCAACUUUGAUCUGAAAAUGGAAGCACUAGGUGGUGGUAGCGGCGGAAUCUUGGGUUGGAACUUCUUAAGGAGAAAAGCAAAACCACGCAAUUCUGGAAGUAGAAAUUCUAAAUCCUCCGAUUCCGUUGAGGCUACAGGAAGAGCCGGUUACCGGUUCCCCUUAAAGCAGGCGGUAACCGCCGGCUCACUCGCUUUGACCGGUGACACCAUCGCUCAGCUCAUUGACCGCUGGAGAAAAGACAAUGCUUUGAAACAACAUCCACUUCAUUCCGAUAAGAAUGAUUUGUGGGCCAUUCUUCUUGAUCAUGACUGGAUCCGUGCUCUGCGGAUGACUUCUUAUGGAUUCCUUUUAUAUGGCCCUGGUUCUUAUGCGUGGUACCAGUUACUUGAGCGUUGUAUGCCAAAGCAAACAGUGGAGAAUUUAUUGCUGAAGGUUUUAUUAAACCAAAUAGUGCUUGGCCCAUGUGUGAUUGCUGUUGUUUUCGCUUGGAACAAUUUAUGGCUACGAAAGGUUUCUGAGCUUCCAAACAAGUAUAAAAAAGAUGCUCUGCCCACACUACUUUAUGGAUUUAGGUUCUGGAUCCCUGUCAGUAUAUUAAAUUUUUGGGUGGUCCCACUUCAAGCUCGUGUAGCUUUCAUGUCAAUGGGCUCCAUAUUUUGGAAUUUCUAUUUAUCAUCCACUAUGAGCAAGUAGAUUCUUCUCUACUGGGCUUUUUAU